AUGCCAGGCACGGAAGCUGUACCUACUAUAGUGCCAGCACCACUGCAAAAGCGUGCACCGCCACCGCCACCACCGACGUCCACGUCCGCAUCAGAGCCAACAUCGGUCCCAGAACCAAUCUCAGAGCCGGAGCUAAAGCAGCAUCGGGACGUUGAAUCCACUCACGCCGAGCCAGUUCACGCAGCGACCGGUCGACCGCCCAAAAAGCGUAAGCACCGUGGUCUGAUGCGAGCCAUUGGUGGAUUUUUUAGGCGAAAUUGCAGCGACGCAGAUAGUGACACAAGGCCUCACGACAGUGAAUCCUCACAGCGUCGCACUUCCCGUUGGUCGCAUUCACAUCGUCAGUCAAUGCCUGAAGCUCCCUCCACAGUGGUGGUUCAAGAAAUUCUUGAGACAACGCGCAGCCAGAACGCAGCCGAGAACGAGCCGUUAACGAAGUCGCCUCAUACGGAGGAGCCUCCGGUAAAGAAGGUGAAGAAGGACAAGCCCAAGAAAGCAAAGAAUACUCCCUCACCAACCGAGCAGUCGCCAACCGAGACAUCAGAAAUGCUGAGUGCUACCUUAGUUGACGAACUGGGCGUGGAAUUGCAGCGUGUCUCAUUCCUUUUCUUUGGAGGAAGUGACGUCGACUGUACGUUUCAGCCAGAGUUAAGACCAUCGGAGCUGGACGAUCUGCAUGAGAACGAUAUUCGCCCAUCAUUACAAGCCAAAAUGCCGCUCUUCCUUCCGCCGCCUUUGCCGAAGAAUGUACGUCGCAGCAGUAUCUUGCCUGAUCCAGAGGAAUACGAAUUUUAA